UUUAUCGAGAAGUACAAGCACGAGGCUGGCGCUAUCUUGAAGUGCGCUACUGCGCCCUCCACCACCAUGAUGGUGGCCCUAGUUCACCACAGUCCUGACGACGACGGGCGGCAUGAGACAGACGCAUGGGUGUUCGUGUCGAGUGACCCCAACCAUGACUUCGAUUUCCACACAUACGCCAUGGACAUCAUCCUUCAGUACUACAUCACGGGGGAUGGGCGCGCCGCUACUGCUGGAACCCCGAUCCCGAAGGUGCAUAUCUUCACCGACGGGUGCGCCAAACAGUACAAGGGGAAGCGCAACUUUCACGCCGUGGCCAAGAGCUUGCACAGGCUUGAUGCCAUCCUCAUCCACAACUUCGCAGUCACGUCGCACUUCAAAGGCGCCCACGAUGGCAUCGGAGGGUUGCUGAAGGCUCUGUUGCGAGAAGCGGAGAAAAGGGGCCAGCGCAUUCACGACACUCAAGCCGCAGCCGACUUCCUCAAAGCCUACGCCGAGGCAAAGGAGGAUGGAGGAGGCCACUUUUCAACCUGGUCUCCUUACCGGAUCAAGAGGUUCCACAUCAAGCUUCUUGGACACCGAGAGAUCCCCCGCCGUUGAUUUGACCCGCAUCUCUGGGAGUUCCAAGCUGUACCAGUUCAUGGGAGCGGAGGUCCAGCAGGAGGAGAGCUCGGGCGCAGGCGUAGAGGUGCAGACAGAGAGCGGGGUUCCCCUCGUAGGCGAGAAAGAGGUUGUAGCCAACCCGCAGAGAUGGCAGGCGGACGAAUCAAUCGUUCUGACGCUUCCGGCUGUCACGAAGCGAUACGAGCUACGCGUUCGUCAGGCGUCGUGCUGCUGCUCGAAGUGCAGUGUUGGAGCUUACGACGACUGCUUCCCGGCCAAGAAGUAUGCGGGGGUGCUGGGCAUGGUGAAGGCUGUGUCGGGCAAGCACCAGGUUACUCCGACGUCUUCUGGUGUUGGGAAUUGAGGGGUGUCCGUGGUGCACCUCAUGUCCUCGUGAUUGGCGCAUUUUUCCCUUCGAUGUUCUUUUGUUUUUUUGGUAAUUUUGUUGCAGUAUUUGUACUCUUUUUGUUGCUGUGUGCUGUGUGUUGCAUGUUGCUGUAUUCAUGUGCAGCAGCAGGUCAUCUCCCUCGCGGUUUGGGGUAUUAAUGAAGGGUCUCCAGCAGGAGAAAACGAUAUUUGCCGGCGUUGGUGGCUAAAUAUUUUCACGGUUUGUAGCCCAAAUGGACCGUCUUUUUCCAUAUA